GUCAGAGCGUGCUGAUUCGGUCGCGGAAUUAAGGGUGGUGGUGAUGAUGAUGCUGUACAUUGGCUGCAGGGAGGGGAAGGGGGGGAUUGGUCUGAAUGAAUCGUUGGACUGACCGACAGAUGGCUGAUAACCUGGUAAACUACACAGACCGCAAGAACCCGUUGCGAGAUGCACGAGAACCCAACACCGCCUGUCGCUUUGUGCUGAGGAUAUCGCGGAUCAAAGCGUUUUUUUUCUUGAUUUUCGUGUCGGCUACUGUAUUCCGUACUGGACUUACUCCUGGUGGUGUUUACGUAGCGGAGGAGACAGCAAGCAGGGCGGGGUUGUGAAUAAUCAUUUAGUUGAUUAUCUUACGGUGUACAGCCUGCCUGCCAGGUUGGAAGUAUGAAACAUCCGCCCGAAAAAU